AAAUAUUUGUCUUGUUUGCCUGUCAACAACUGGUGCGAUCCAGUCAACUAAGCUAUUUAAUAAUAAAAGAAAACUUUUUAUACUAAAAGAUCAGAUAAAAAGGAGAUUCAGAUUAGUCAGACGGCGGACGUAAGAAUGAAUUGAAAGCUAUCAGAUUUUUAAAGCCCCCACUUCUGAGUGAUACAAACAUUCAAGUAUAAAUAAACCUUGUUAUUCUUUGCUUUUUCAUACACUUUCUUUCUCUUGAAAAAUGCGUUUUACUGCUGUCGCCAUUGCUCUUGCUUCUGCUGCUGUUUCCUUUGUUGUCGCUGAACCCAUUAAGGCCGUUGCUUAUCUCAACGUGCCCCCUGUUAAUGGUCUUGUUUACUUUAGUCAAGAAAGUCAAGACAGUCCUACUAGAAUCUAUGCCAACUUAACUGGCUUGACUGGUGGCGAUCAUGGGAUCCACAUUCAUGAAUUUGGCGAUCUCUCGCAAGGUUGUAACUCUACUGGUGCUCAUUACAAUCCUUUCAACAAAACCCAUGGUGGCCCUGAUGCCGAAGUAAGACAUGUUGGUGACCUUGGUAACAUUGUUGCUGACAAUACUACUGGCUUGGCCAUCUUAAACAUCACCAGUGAUCUAAUUCAAUUAUCAAAGAUCCAUUCCGUUAUUGGUCGUGCUGUCGUUGUUCAUUCUGGCAAAGACGAUUAUGGUCUUGGCGGAACUCCUUUGUCUAAUUCUACUGGUAACUCUGGUAGCCGUGUUGCCUGCGGUGUUAUUGGAUAUGCUUCUCUUGUUGCUUAAAGACGAUGACAAAGUCUAAUUUGUUUUCUAUUUUGUUAAUAUCGUAUAUUUAAUUAUGUG